CACAGGGUGCAAGGUCCCCUUUAUGUGGUUAAAUGCCUUAGACGAUCCGGAAGAUGUGGCUAAUAUCAGUUGGGGUAGUGCUGCUUUAGCAUACCUGUAUCAUUAUUUGUGCGAGGCUUCUGUAGGCAGACAGAGAAGAGAUGUGGGUGGACCUAUGGUUCUCUUGCAGCUGUGGGCCUGGGAAAGAAUGCCUACAUUGAGGCCAGCCUUCUUGAUAUCGCCUAUGCACAUGCCGUAUACCCCGUGCGGAGCCAAGUGGCACGGAGUUACUGAAAUUGGAAAUGCUCCCCGACAUUCAGUCGCUCAUUAUCGUGAUCAGUUAUCACUGAUCCGUCCUGGCCAGUUUCUGUGGACACCCUAUGCAGACUGUAUCCUCCCUGAGUACUGCAUUGAUUCGACUGCAUCCUACUUGUGCGAUACUUAUUUGGUGUGCUGGUCAUUUGUCGAGGCACACGAGGCUGGACGCGUUUCCCGACAAUUUAACCGCUACCAGCGUAUUCCUCAGUACUGUGAUAGGAUGCUACAUAGCUCCGGCCAUUUGAGUAAAAGUCAUCGCCGUGGGAGGAAGGGCGCUGAUUGGGCUAAGGUACAUAAGUUCUUCAUUGAUGAAUGGGACUUGCGCCACGACAGGUUCCAAGCAACUUUUGACCACGCAACGGCGACAAUGGAUGGUCGCAUUAAUCCGGGCUAUAUGGCGUGGUACAAUAGGAUCACCGUGUCGUACCUAGUUCAACCUGGGACACAGUCAACUGAAGGGAUGAACGAGGCAGCCUCUUCUAAUUUAUUGGCGGUUGAGACCCUUCAGGGGAUAUGGCAUUUGACCUCUGAGCAUGACACAGACCCUCGGUUACGGCAGAUUCGAGAAAUGGCUGCUUCGGCACUUCGUGCGAUGAACCAUGCUGAUGCGAUGGAGUAUCCAUCUUCUCAACGGCAAAAUGUGGUCGUGCCGCCACGCCCACCAACUUCUCUUCGUCAUGGACUGCCGGGUGUCCGGACGGGUGGGCACGGGAUUACACGACAGCAUAGGUUGGCCACCCCCCACCUAAGUCCACCAUCGUAGCACAGUGACCAACAUUCUUUUGUAAUCCUAUUCAGCAUUCGAACCGCACCACUGUUGACAUCAUAUAGUGCUCGACGUCUUCUGGCAAAUUUACGUUCCUGAGAA